AUGAACGUUCUGUUUGCCGUGUCUGUUAUCUUUGCUGCCUCAACGAUUGUCGUCGCCCAAGAAGAAAUUGUCGGCGGCGUCGAAGCUGCCGUUGGCCAGCACUUGUACGUGUCCGGAUUUCGACAGAGCGAGAGAGGGGCUGCUUCGUGUGGAUCCAGUUUGAUCGCCCCCAACGUCGUCUUGACCGCCGCCCACUGCAUCGGACGAGGCCGCAGGUUUGUGUCGAUCGGUUCGCAUUACAACUCUGGCACCAAAGACGGCGAAUGCAUCAAAGUCAAGCAAUUCAUCAAACACCCCAAGUACCACGCCAAGUCCUUCACCUACGAUUUUGCCAUUUUGAUCUUGGAACGGCCAUCCAAAUUCCCUCCGGUCCAGGUCUCGUUUGACACGGUGGCACCUGGUACCCCUGCGAUGGUGCGCGGGUGGGGUCGUACGUCUUCGGGCGGUGCUUCUUCCGAAUUGCUGCUGGAAGUCGGUGUGAAUUCCAUCAGCAAUGCCAAGUGCGCAAAGAUGUUGCCCGGAUACACCUUGAACGAUGCCAUGCUGUGUGCGGGCGGCAAGUUGGGCGAAGAUUCGUGCCAAGGCGACUCUGGCGGACCGUUGACGGUGGAAUCGAACGGGUAUGCCAAGUUGGUGGGAGUUGUCAGCUGGGGCGCCGGAUGUGCCCAGCAGAACAAGCCUGGCGUGUACAGUCGCAUCUCGAUCGCCCGCGACUUCAUCGAACCCUUCAUCACCACUCCCCACGCCGCUGGCCGUAUCACCACCAAGCCGAGUUUCGCCCCAGUCAUCCCGUCCAAAGUGCCUCACGUGGCCCCCAUCACGACUUCCAAGGGCCCCAAUGUCGCCCCCACAGCUGCGUCACCGUCCAAGUGCAGUGGCUGCUCUACAUGCUUCUACCCUGCGCUGAACUACUGCUUCCCAUCUGCGUACACCAAGUCAACCUGUGCCACGUUCGCGAACUUGGGAGCGUUCUGGUGCGGCAACUAG